GGUCAUAAGGAUACAAAGGAAUCGCCCCAUCUUGUUACUGUAGGCGAAUAAUAAAAACAGUAUUCAUCAAUCCUGUGAAAUUUUGAACGAAACGCUCUGUCCACUGUCGUGCAGAAUGGGUUCUAACUAUGAUUUAAAGCAGCUUAAACCACUAAUUCGAAGCAUGGUGUUGUCGCAUCGAAACAAAACCGUAUCUAUACAAGAAUUGGAGCGCGAUUUUAAAGAUAUAGAAGGUUUCCCGAUUCCCUAUACAAUGCUAGGAUACGCGAGCGUGUUUGACCUUUUGCAUGCUAUGCCGGAUAUAGUGCGUAUGAACACUGAAAACGGAAUCCCCGUAGUUACUUACGUUUCUUCACCAGCGACUGAACACGUGGAACAUUUGAUACAACGAAACGCCAAUCGUCGAAGAGGAAAUGGGGGACGUAACAUGCAAGCAAAAUAUCCGCCAAACGAAUACCACUUUCGAACGAAAGUACUAAAAAGUCCACGUCAUGGGCUGAAUUUUAAUACCAAAAUGAAAGUUCUUCCUCCAAGGUUCUCGAAUGCCGGAAAAGCGACGUUUGCGACAGUGACAAAAAAUGAAACCACUACUAAGCACAACGAGGAGAAAAUCCGUUCGCCACCACGUAGACAGCCUACUACGGAAGAUAGUAGUGGAAAUUUGGUCGAAACGUGUGAACACUCAGAUGGAAACGCAAUGUCUUGGAAGCCGUAUUGCGACAUGUGGGAUUCAGUAAACAUGAUCGAUCUGCCACCCAACGUAAUGACCCUAUCGCAUACCAUUCCAAAGGUGGACGUUUCACAUUACUUUGCAGAGAAGGCAGACACAAUUGUACGCGUGCUUCACGUACUCAAUCCCAACCGCAUCUGGUUGCGCAGUGUCCUGCAGGACCAGACAAUGGAGCAGUUGCACACGGAGAUACAAGAUUGUUACCAACUAAUACAAAGAAACGAGUGGUGUUUAGAGGCAAAUAAGGUGCAGUAUGGUUUGUACUGUGCUGCCCAGAUCGAUCAUAUCUGGCAUCGGGUGAAAAUCGUGGGACCGCUUAUGGGAAACCACGUGAAGAUAUUCUUUAUCGAUAUGGGUUUAAUUGAGCUCGUCGAUUACAAAUGCAUGAAGUUAUUGUUCAAUGCGUUCAGCGUUAUUCCGGCGCAGGCGAUUCGUGCCUCCUUGGCCUGUCUCAUCCCACGGGACAACGCAUGGACCAGGGCUGAGUCGGAAAGCUUAUCCGCAAUGAUAACACCUGGUAAACAAGUUCUCACGGCUUACACGUUGAAUGUAAAUCACAAGCUCGGUAUUUUGGAUAUUGUUCUGAAGGAUGUCAAUAUGAACAGGACCUCCAUAAAUGAGUAUUUUGCUACGGUAACGAAGGCUCGCUGGACGGGCGAAAUUUAUUUGUCACAAGAUCCAAAUGUUUAUCGUAACAAGCGACGAAGCUUUAAUGAAAAGUAUCCCAGCUUCUACUGCAUAGAGGAGGGUCACUUUCCAACAAUUGGCGAGCUGCGCCAUUUUGUAGCUCGUAAUUUCGAUUACGAAGAACUGUACACCCGAUUGCCACACUUUGAGAAGAACGGUGUUGUGGAGAAAAUUUCCCAAGCCACAAACGAACAAAUGGUUAAGUUAUAUGGCAUCGUAAGCGCUACGGAUCAGGAGGAACUGGAAUGUAUCUUGCAGGGACGAGAUACGUAGAAGAAUAAGGCCCCAUCGUGCCGUACAGAUGUUUAUUACAUCAAUUAUGGUCAAACCACAAGGAUACUUACGCUGACCAGGCUGUUGUAGGAAUCAUCGACCACCUUGAUGUCAUCAACGGCGAUUCUGGUGAUGCAGUUGUAACGGUACUCCUCUAUGCUGAC